AUGGCGUACAAGCCAUCACGCAGCCCUUUCGCGCCCGCGCAACAAGACGGCUAUUAUGGCAACCCUCGCACAGGACUCCGCGGCUACGGACUAUCGAACCAACCCAUCCCCCUAUCGAACAAAGUAAACAGUUAUUUCGAGAAAGACCACACAUUACCCUUGUACAAAGAUAAACCAUUCUUUGCGCCGCGGCGCACAGGUCCUCGAAGGAGAUGGAGGCCAUUCCUGAAUCUGCUGGGUGUAUGUACGGUGUUAUUUGUUUUGUGGUAUACCUUCUAUCUCCCGACAUGGUCAGGGCUACAAUCAAAUGACAAGGGGGUAGAACUGUGGAAGUGGGCUCAGACAUUGGAAGAAGGGAAAUCUUCCGGAGACCUGUCUGACUGGACGGCGAGACGAGAGAAAGUGCGGGACGCCUUCAUCGUCAGUUGGGAAGGGUAUGAGAAGAACGCAUGGGGAUACGAUCAGUAUCGCCCAGUGUCGAACAUCAACCAGGAAGACACAAGCGGUGGCCUAGGCUGGAUGAUCGUUGACUCGCUGGACACAUUGAUGAUCAUGAAUCUGACCUCCAAGGUCCACCGCGCUCGGCAAUGGAUUUCAACCUCGUUGCAAUAUGACCAGGACCGCGAAGUGAACACGUUUGAGACAACUAUCCGCAUGUUGGGUGGGUUAUUGUCUGCACACUAUCUGUCAACCAAGUACCCCGAUUUGGCACCGCUCAACGAUGAUGACGUCGGUGCUGCUGGUGAAGACUUGUACAUCGAGAAAGCGGCUGAUCUCGCGGAGCGGCUUCUUGGUGCCUUCGAGUCUCCAAGCGGUGUUCCGUGGUCGAACGUGAAUCUCAACACGUCGGCUGGGGUUGUGGUACAUUUCGACGAGGGCGCUACGUCCAUUUCUGAGGCUGGCUCGCUGCAGCUUGAAUUCAAAUACUUGGCUAAACUGACCGGCGAGGCGGAGUAUUGGAAAGUGGUGGAGAAAACGAUGCAGCUGGUCGACUUGCAAAAGCCGCAGGAUGGCCUUGUCCGGCCUGCCAUUCACCCUGAUACUGGUAAAUUCAAGGGAGACAGCAUUCGUCUGGGGAACAAGGCCGACUCGUACUAUGAAUAUCUUAUCAAGCAGUACUUGCAGACCUCGGAACAAGAGCCCGUUUACAAAAAGAUGUGGGAUGAGGCAUUGCAAGGCAUCCGCAAGCAUCUGAUCUCGUUCACGAAGAACUCCCAGCUGAUGGUCAUCGGCGAGCGGCCCCAGGGCUUAGACCAAGAACUUUCACCCAGAAUGGACCACCUAGUCUGCUUUAUGCCCGGAACACUCGCGCUCGGCGCCACUGGCGGCCAGCCCUUGUCCCAAGCCCGAAAGUCCGCGGACUGGACUCAACAGCAGGAAGAGGAAAUCCUCAUGGCCAGAGAACUGAUGAAGACUUGCUGGGCAAUGCACCAGGCAACGGCAACCGGCCUCGCAGCCGAGAUCUCCCAUUUCGUCCUCGACUCGCCACCCGUCAUGAUGGCAGAUAAAUAUCCGGACCCAGCUACGAACCCCAGUCACGCCUCCAAGCCCGAGGUCCUGCGCGGCAUCUCUCAACCCAUAGAACCAACAAGCGACUCCUCUGCGCCCUGGCGCAAGGACAUCGACAUCCACCGCAACGACCGCCACAACCUUCAACGGCCCGAAACUAUCGAAUCGCUCUUCUACCUCUACCGCAUCACUGGCGACGACAUCUACCGAGAAUGGGGAUGGACGAUUUUCAAAUCGUUCGUCAAACACACGGCAGUGGUUGAGAAGAAGAGCACAUCCCGCAUUCCGACAUCAACGAGUACAGAGCCUGUCUUCCGCAUCAAGGGCUUUACGUCUCUCGGUAAUGCCGAUGCGGUCCCUCCGUACAAGCGCGAUAACAUGGAGAGCUACUGGAUGGCUGAGACGCUGAAGUAUUUCUACUUAUUGUUCUCGGAUCGCGAUUUCAUCUCCUUGGAGGAUCAUGUUUUCAAUACUGAAGCUCAUCCUUUCCCGCGGUUCAAGCCUACUGGUGAUCUGAAGACUGGGUGGGAGAGAGCACCCAGGCAGUAG